AUGAGUGUGACUGAGUGCCUUGGCGACGUUAAUGAUAGACUCGAGACCAUCCGUAAUCAGCGUUUGGAAACAAUAAAAAAUAUUCAACGACUAAAGUCUGAAUAUGAGCAGGUUACUCGACUUCUCGAAGAGGCCGGAGUUUCUCCAGAAGGCGAACUGGAUGCUAGGCGCAAUUUGGGAAAACGCAAAUUUUCCUCUAAUCCAAAAAUGGGUUUGGAGUUUUUAUUCGAAAACCAAAUCAUUGAGCGAAAUCCCGUCUCCGUUGCAAGGUUCUUCGUUGACGAAAAGAAGAACCUUUCGAAAGCUGCUAUUGGUACAUACUUAGGAGAAAUAUCAAAGGAAUUUAAUAUGCAGGUUCUAGACGAAUAUUUGAAGCUACAUAACUUUGGUGGACAGGAUUUUCUUCCGGCGCUUAGAACCUUUCUUUUUAACUUCCAACUCCCUGGUGAAAGUCAAAAAAUUGAUAAAAUUCUUCAGUCCUUUGCUCACGAAUAUGUUGAACAGAAUCCUAGCGCCUUCCACACAUCUCAGGAAGCCUAUGUGCUGGCUUAUGCGGCGAUUCUUCUUAACACAACUCUCCACAAUACCAACGCCAAAAGCCAGAACUUCCGACUUGCAGAUGAGAAAACUUUUGUUGAAACUAUGUUGGAUUAUGAUAAGGACACUCACCUUUCAGAAGAAAUUAUCAGAAGUGUCUACCAUGGCAUCAAAUCCAAGCCCAUCCAGUUAGCGGAGGAAUGCACAGAAGCCAGCAACAUGCGCGGUUGGCUUUGGAAGUUAGGCGGACGUGUAAAGACCUGGAAACGCCGAUGGUUCGUACUGACUGACGAAUUCCUUUUCUACUACAAUGCUCCUGAUCGGAUUACUCAGCGAAAGGGUAUUGUUGCCCUAGAAAAUGUAUGCGUUCGCCGUGUCACCAACGAUCGCUCUCGCGAGUUCUGCUUUGAACUCUACCCUCGUUUUUCCCUCACUAACGGGACUGCUAAUGCCAACGGAGUCAACGGUUCAGCUGGAGGUAAUGGCGGUAUUGGGGGGACAAUCAAUACUCGCAAGGCUGACAGGGAAGGCAUCAUCUCCACCGAUUACCACACAACUUACCGAAUGGCGGCAGCGAAUUCAGAGGAGUACGAAAAAUGGAUGACCUCACUACAGUUGAUUACCAACCGUUUUGGAAUGGCAACUGGUCCUACCACCUUAAAUGGAAAUUGUAGCCACCGACGCGGUUCAGUUGAACGAGGGGCCUCUGUGCCCUGUUUACCAGCAUCUGCAUCUGCCAUGAUACCCAAUGUUGCCUCACAACCCACCACGCUCUCUGCCGCAGGCAAUACUACUGAAGACGACAACAAUUAG